AUGGGUGCAUCGGGCUUGGGUUCUGCUUUAAAAAAUUGCAUUAAUCUCUCAAAUUUGACACUUGACCUUUAUAACAAUUAAAUUGGUGCUAUGGGUGCUUCAGGCUUAGGUUCUGCUUUAGCAAAUUGCAUUAAACUUUCAAAUUUGAAACUCUACCUUAGUAACAAUUAAAUUGGUGCUUUGGGUGCUUCAGGCUUAGGUUCUGCUUUAAAAAAUUGCAUUAAUCUCUCAAAUUUAACACUCUACAUAGAAGGUAAUUAAAUUGGUGAUGAAGGUGUGUCAGGCUUAGUUUCUGCUUUAGCAAACUGCAUUAAUCUCUCUAAUUUGACACUCUAUCUUGGUGACAAUUAAAUUGGUGCUACGGGUGCAUCAGGCUUAGGUUCUGCUUUAGCAAAAUGCAUUAAUCUCUCAAAUUUGAAAGUUGACCUUGAGUAAAAUUAAAUUGGUGAUGAAGGUUCAUUAGGUUUAGUAACAAUUAAAUUGGUGCUAUGGGUGCUUAAGGCUUAGGUUCUGCUUUAGCAAAUUGCAUUAAUCUCUCAAAUUUGA